AUGGUGGGAUCUCACGCGCCUGCAACAUUUCUCUCCAAAGGCGGCAAAAAGAAGUUUCGUCCGGAGUUCAUCUACGAGGUCUUCUCCGACCGCCGCCGCUUGCCGCCGCUGUCGUUGAUGUUCAUGGCCUCCAUAUCUUCGUCGGCGGUAUCGGAGGGUGGUGUUCUGGUCCGACGGUCAAAGGCUCCGGCGUGGCGAGGCUGUGCGGAGAUUCACCGUAUGGUUCCCUUGAACGGCUGUGAACUCUCCCGGCAUAGCAAAACCAAGAGACGAUGUUGGUCCUUCGAUCCGAAUCGCAAAGAGUCUCUUUGUCAGGUCUAUUCCUCAGUUUUCUUUUCGUUUGCUGGCUCCGGGUCCUCUUUGGUGCUAUUUGAGGACGGCGGCUAG